AUGAAGCCAGCAGAGAUCAGAUUCUCUCUACAGAGACUCAGACAGCACAGACAUCCAGACAUGGCUCCUACAAUCACUGCAGCCAUCACCAGCAACCAGGAGCAUCUGACUCUCAACCACAAGCUCAGAAAGCCUCUGGUGGAGAAGCUUCGCAGAGAGCGAAUCAACAGCAGCAUUGAGCAGCUCAAGUCUCUCCUGGCUCCAGAGUUCCUCCAACAGCAGCCAGACUCCAAGCUGGAGAAAGCAGACAUCCUGGAGAUGACAGUUGGUGUCCUCAGACGACUGCAGCAGAAAAAACAAGCUGUGAGCAGAACGGCUGUUAACAAAGGCUACUCCAUGUGUGUCCAUGAGGCGUCACACUUCCUGUCCAGGCGGCAGGUGGAAAUCAUGACACAGAGAAGACUGAUCAGCCACCUCAACAAGAUGCAGUCUUCCUCUGACAACAACCUGAUAGAGGCUGACUCCUCUCCUCUCAGCUCCACAGUCCACACCAGCAUCACCAAAGAGAAGAGUCCAGUCAACAGCGCCGUCUGGAGGCCGUGGUAG